AUGAAUUUUGACGAGGAUCUGCGGCCCCUGCUGCGCAACGUGCGUUUCGUGCGGCAGAAUCGUACCGUUUUCAAGUCCACGGUCUUCUUGGGAUACGUGGGUACUUUGACUGCUGUCAAGCAGGGCGGCUUCUCAGUCACAGUGAAUACGAGGUAUGACAACUCUGAUUGGGCAGCACUUCGAGCCUUUCUGGAAGGAAAGGGCAGCGGUAACUUCUUGUCUUUGCUGCUACGAGAUGUGAUGGUUGGUAAUCACUCAUUCUCAGAGGCAUUGGCAACCAUGAGGUCGGCCAAGUUGUUGGGGCCUGCAUAUGUUAUCUUGGGUGGUACUGGGAGGGGCGAAGGUGCCGUGCUGGAACGUGGCGCCACAGCUGUGGUGAACGAGACGCUCCUGAGCGACGUUGCCAAGCAGGGCUUCAACUCAGUGGUGCAAACCAACUGGGACUACAACAAGGACCCUUGGUACGACAAUCGGCGUAGCCCUGCAGAGCAUUGCCUCCAAGAACGCUACAACAGAAACAUCACCUUUGAAGGCAUGUUCUCGGUUUUGGCAGCCCACCCCAACCGCAAUCGCCUUACCACCCAUACGGCACUGAUGAGUGCAGAGACGGGUGACUGCGAGGCUUACAUCCAAUUCUGCAACGACACCUUAUGUGCUCCGUGGAUGGAGGUAAAGCUGUUGAGUAAAGAAAUCCACGGUGAUCAUGCAGCAGACAAGGUCGAAAAUGCCAACCGACGAAAAGAGCUGGAUGAUUUGAUCACGGACACGCAGGCCAAGCAGAUGGAGCUGGACAAAACCGCAGAACUCUUCCGACAGCUUCAUGAUGAUCGAAAAAAGAUCAUUGAGCAGUGGGAGGAGUCCGUCAAGAGCAUGAAGAGCCGGGACUCGCAGCUGGAACGCCUGGGUGAGGAGUAUGCUGCCAACAUGUCGCGGAAAAAGGUGAAGGAAGACAAGAUGAAGGAACGCAGGCAGUUCCAUGAAGAGAUCGAGGGCGAGAACGAAAAGAUGGAGCAGACUAUUCAGCAGACAGACCGACAACUGGUUCGCAUGCGCAUGGACUACAUGGAUGCAAAGACGUCUUUGACGGGCUUCAAGGAUGAGGUUGAAGUGAUGAAGAACCAGCUGAACGCAUGCAUCUCCGAGAAGAUCAAGACGCAGAACGAACAUGAGGUGGGCGCAAAGCGGCUAGAACAGCGCAAAGAAAAGCAUGACCAAGCAUACAAGAGCUUGGACAUGCAGAAGAAGGCUCAUUCUGAACAUCAGCAGACCCGAAGAGACAAGGAGCAGAUGAGCCAAGACACGGAAAAAGCGAGGCAAGAUAUGCUGAACAAUAUGAAAAUGGUCGAAAAAGAAAUGAAGGCUGCAAAGGAAAGCCACUAUAAGGAGAGCCAAGAACUUUAUCGACUACGGGCUGAGGAGGCCACAACCCUUGGAGCCAUUAGUGGUGCGCAGUCGGCCAUCAAAAACUUGCAGCUGCAGAUUAGCAAAUUGGACCAAGAACGGCAACGUCAGCAGGAGUUGCUGUAUGCCGUGGACUUCCAAUCCCAGCUCAUGCAGCGCAAGGUGGCUCGCGUGUCUGGUGAGCGCACCAUUGAAGAGAAGGAGGAACACAAUCGCAAGGUCGAGCAGCUGGAUAAGCAGAUGGAGGAGCAAAAGAGUCUUCAUUCCAUCCUCCAAGCACAGAUCAAGCGACAGGAUGCCGAGCUGAAAAACUCCCAGAGAAAUUUGACCAAUGUGAAGAGGGACUGCGAGGCUAUGAAGACCACGAUGGAAGAAUUGGAACUGCAAAACACGAUCAUGAAUCGUGCAGUCUCCAAAGUGGUCAAGGACAAGGAGGAAGCGCUGAUGCAGCAUGACAUCCUGAAACUGGAGGUCAAGCGAUUGAAGCAGCAGCUGACGCAGAAGACAGAGAACCUGUACAGUCUAGAGAAUCGGAAGCAGCAGCUUCAAAUCAGCAUGGAGGAAAGGGAAAAGGAGAUCGAGGUCCACACCGAGGUGCUGCGAGCACAGAUCAGAGCAGCGGAAGAGGAAAAGCACAAGGCAGCCAUAGAGCUGGCUGAGCGGAAGCAGAAGAUCUUCACGCUGAAAAGCAAGUACGACAAUGUGAUGUGCAAGGUGAAGAAGGAAGAUGGCGAGGAACAGAAAAGCCAAGCUCAUUACAUGAUCAAGGCAGCGCAAGAAAAGGAGGAGCUGCAACGAAAAGGCGACGAGCUGGAUGACAAGAUCCGGCGAGCAGAAAAGGAGAUUCGGUCACUGGAAAACACCCUGGGGCAUCUGGUCCAGCGGAACCAGAAGUUCAAAGAGAAUCUGCAGACCACCAAUUUGCAGAAUCAAAGUGAGAUUGAGGAAAAGCAGACCUUGGAGGAGCAGUCGCGUGCAGCCAACGAGGUCUUGUUCAAGAAAAAGAAGGUGCUUUCCCAGAUUGAGCAGGAGGCUCAAGAGGACGUGCAGCGCUAUGAGGACGGUUUCCAGACACCAGGGGUUUCCAUAGUCAUGGGGAUACCCCAAAAAUUGCUGGAUGGAUGA